AUGGCGUCAUUCUUCGUGCCCAAUGUAAUGGUCGGGAACGACGACUGCAUCACUCAGAUCACUAUAGAGCUCUCACAUUCGAAAGCGCUCUCCACCGACGCCUUCUCUUUCCAAUCCUCUUCAUCAACGAUCCGCGGAGGUCCUCGGAUUCUUCUUGCGCGGAAGGAUGGACAUCUUAAUUGCAUACAGAACUCGCGAGCUGCACUAGGGAACGGAGCUCACGCGCCGCCGCGAGUCCACAGCACGUUUGACUCAGGAAACGCCAUGACACUAAUCGACAAGGCCUUCCUCUCACCACAGGACCUGAAGGCUCAGGUCUUGCCGAUCGUGAUCGCCACCUACAAUCCACCUCUUUUUGCGCUUCUUGUCUGCUCCCGGCGCACCCACUCAGAGGCUACAUUCUUGGAAGAUAUUAACGUAGAUAUCAACAGAUCCAUCUCAUCCUUGGUUACCAACGGGCUGACAGAUCUUUGCGCGAAUUGUGGCUUUCCUCGCCGACUUAGUAUCUAG